CCGAACCUCGGGUGCAACCUUAACCAGCCCAAUUCAAAUUACCAACGGCCGAUCAUAUACCAUGGGAGCUUAUGUAGCUUAUGAUCUGACCGGUCCUCGCUUGGUCUCCUUAGCGCGUUUUGCUUUUUCCCUUCAUGCCUAGUAUUGCGACGAUUGGGCGUGCUUCGACAGAUGGCGAUCCCUGGCCACCGCCCAUUCCACCGGACGCCAGUGAAGAGGAACGUUUGGCGCGCUUGGAGAGGGAGCGAGAGGCCCAGAAGGUCAGUGAUGGGAUAGACCGUGCCAUCAGCAUUGAGAAGGAGCAGAGGAAGAAACAGAAUGGAGUAAAGCUCCUUUUAUUGGGCCAGGCAGAAUCUGGGAAGUCUACGGUCUUGAAGAACUUCCAGCUACGUUUCGCCCCAAAAACUUUUCAGGCUGAGGCCGAGCUGUGGCGACCCAUAAUACAUCUGAAUCUCGUCCGUUCUGUCAACUUCAUACUAGAUCUUCUAUCAUCUGAGAGACCCUCAAGCCCACCACCCUCUACGUCUCUCUCCUCUGAACCUGAUAACUUGCGACGAAUACAGUUCAGUCUACGGCCUUUGAAACAAGUCGAAGACUCUUUGACGAAGCGUAUAUCCGGUUCAUUAUUCCUCCCAGUCGUCAGUGGCGACGAACUGAAGGAAUUUCCCCGGUAUCACCCUGCCAAAGCGUCCGAAGUUUCAGUACGAUCUGGCUCGGGCUGGAUGGGAUUCAUGAAACUUCGGAGACCAGCUGAUUCCUCCCCCGGUCGGUCUGCGCAGGAUAAGACAGAGGACGAACAGAAUAGGCGGAUAUUGGAAGCUUGUGUGGAUGAUAUUCAGGCAUUAUGGAGGGCAAAAGAGGUGCAAUAUCGCUUGGCAGAAAGAGAAAUAUCGUUGGUUCACCAGCCGGGCUUCUUCCUAGAAGACGUCGAAAGAAUAUCAAAGCAGAGUUAUGUGCCUACAUCUCAAGAUAUACUACGCGCGAGGGUGAAAACGAUAGGGCCCGAGGAGCAUCGUAUACCAAUGGACACAGGUGUUUUCCCGCCAGGCCCGGAAGGAAAGCAUUGGAUAAUAUACGAUGUUGGAGGCAGCCGAAGUCAACGAGCGAAGUGGGCGCAGUUCUUUGACGAUAGUACGUCGCCGUUUGCUUUCGGGCCUCGGCACGCCUUCAAUCAGGUCUUGGCUGAAGAUGCUACUGUAAACCGGCUGGCGGAUUCAUUCAAACUGUGGAAAAUGAUAUGCAGCAAUAAGCUGCUCGCCUCGGUGGACUUGAUCUUGUUCUUGAACAAGACGGAUAUACUCGAGUCCAAUCUAGACUCUGGCGUGCAGUUCCGCAAAUAUGUGCCAAACUAUAAGGAGAGACCGAAUGAUGCUAAGCAUGUCUCGAGGUAUCUGCUGGAUGUGUUUACGGCGAUGCAUAACCAGUCAACUCCAAAGAAAAGGAAGGUGCAUACGCAUCUGACGUGUGCAAUAGUGAGUAGUCUAUUAGUCCAAGAAGUCAUUCUCGUAAAGACACUGGCGCAAACGAAUAUUUUGUAAGUAUUUAUAGGGUUAUUUAUUGUUACAUCUCGUGGUUUUGCUUUUUCGUUGUUUUCCCCUUCUCAAAUACUUGACCUCAGUGCUGUAUAUUACGAUCUUUCUGUAGAAAUAUUUCUGGGGCAUCAUAUUUACAAUCGUGCAUAUCGUUGUCCGGAUCUAUAGACGAGGAAUGUGAAAAGACGUUUGUGAAA